ACGGCCUGCAUUCAUUGCAUCUGCGUAUCUCGGUUUGUCAUGGAUGACCCAUUAUAUACACACUAGAGAGCUAAAUUCAUGUGCACUAACGGUGUCUUCCCAGCGGCCGUGACAGUCAGUCAGUUUGUUUUUGUGUUAUCGAGUCAAGAUGAAUUAGUCAAAUUCUAAAGGAAAGAUAAGACUAUAAGGUGAAUAAUGAACAGACCUGUCCAGCAGCAUGAACAGCGACGACCAAGUUUACUUUUAAUCUGUUUGUGCUUGUUUCCAUUUACAAUUUUGGGUUCGAUCAUUAUGUGGUGGAGAGUGGAUCAUCGUCGACGAGAGACCGAACAAUUGUUGAGAGAUAUGUCAACCAAUCUAAAAAAAAUUACAAAGAUGCUGGAAGAAAAGUUAAAUAUCACCAAUUAUUAAAUUCUUUCAACAAUUUCCAUAUUUCAAAAAGUAAAGCACAAUAAUUUCAAGGAUGGAGACUACAAUUGACGUUUCAACGUGUGGGCUAAGAUCCGAGCCGGAUGGAGCACCAAGUGGGAGUAACAUGUCGGCGACGGGGACUUACGCAGCCACCUCCUUUCCCAAGGGAUCCUCAGAUCGUCGCAAUCCAGAACCCAAUAGCAAAGAGGUGGAACAACAGAAUAAUGAGAAUGGGUCUCAACCUUUCAAUCUUUCCAUUGGCCACACCAUUCACGAGCAAAAGACUCGUCCUGGAGAGUUUGUCAUGCGAGUCCUGUUUUCAGAAUUUACAACAGCAGCAGAAAAGAAGAUUGAAUUAGUCAUGUCUGAACCAAUGGAACGAUCUCUUUCAAAAUCUCUACAAAGAGGCGAAGAUUUAGGAUUCGAUCAGUUGUUGACAGCCUUAGGAUCCGUGGCGGAGCACUGUUUACCAUCAAUUCUAAGAACGCUAUUUUCUUGGUAUGACCGACAAGCGGUUACAUGGCUGGGAACCCCCUUGUCAAGUGGUUCUGUUUCGAGCGCGACUGGAUCUUCCAUGAGUUCAGGAAUAGAAUCGAUGGAAAAAGAAACUGUGGUGACCCUAGAUCCACAAGUUGCCGAGAGAAGAGAUAUGGCUGUUGAAUUCAUCUUGUGUCUCAUCUUUAUUGAAGUUUUGAAACAGCUUCCCUUCCACCCUGGGCAUCACGAUCUCGUGGGAAAAAUUGAGGAUCUUUGUUUUGCUCACUUCAAGUAUCGUGAAGGAACAUGCAUGAAUGCCGCAAAUGGUCUAGUCAUUGCUGAUUUGUACGCCGAAGUAUUGGGUGUACUAGCUCAGGCAAGAUUUGCAUCUGUACGGAUCCGAUUUCUUUCCGAGCUUGCUGAACUUCGGGGAAAAGAAGCAAAUUCACUCGUUACUCAGUCAAUUAUCUCUCUCCUCAUGGGCAUGAAGUUUUUCCGGAUAAAGAUGGCCCCAAUAGAAGAUUUUGAAGCGUCUUUCCAAUUCCUCACCGAAUGUGCCAAGUAUUUCUUAGAAGUUAAGCAAAGAGACAUCAAACAUGCAUUGGCUGGAUUAUUUGUUGAGAUUCUAGUCCCGGUCGCUGCAACCGUCAAGCACGAAGUGAAUGUCCCUUGUUUAAAAUCGUUCGUUGAAAUGUUGUACGCACCAACGUUGGACAUGUGCACCAGGAGCAAGCAUCGUUUGGCAAUUUUCCCCCUGGUCACCUGCCUCCUUUGUGUCUCUCAAAAGCCGUUUUUCCUCCAUAACUGGCACUACUUCCUAGCAAUGUGUCUAAGCCAGUUGAAGAGCCGAGAACCAAAAAUGUCAAGAGUCGCUCUAGAGAGCCUUUACCGAUUACUGUGGGCUUACAUGAUUCGAAUCAAGUGUGAGAGUAAUUCUGCAACACAGUCAAGACUUUUGAGUGUAGUUAAUUCCCUGUUUCCGAAGGGAUCUAAAGGCGUUGUUCCUCGUGACACACCACUGAACAUCUUUGUAAAAAUCAUUCAGUUCAUUGCUCAGGAGAGGCUGGAUUUUGCAAUGCGUGAAAUAGUGUUUGAAUUAUUGUCAGUGGGACGGCCAAUCAAAAUUAUUUUAACCCCAGAACGGAUGAAUAUUGGACUACGAGCAUUUCUCGUGGCUGCGGAUUCUUUGCAACAAAAGGACGGAGAUCCUCCAAUGCCUCGUUCUGCAAAUAUUAUGCCAUCAGGAAACACACUGUUACGAGUAAAGAAGACGUUUUUGAACAAGGUUCUCACCGAAGAUGCAGCUCGUAGUAUAGGGAUGGCAUCCUACUAUCCCUUGAUAAGGAAAGUAUUUACUGACAUACUUCGCGCCCUGGAUUUGCAAUGCGGUAGACCACUGCUACUUACGACUGUUAAGGAGCAAGAGGAAUCUUUGUUAACUGGAGACAGAAAAGCAAAAAUAGACUUAUUUCGAACUUGUGUAGCAGCAAUACCGAGAUUAAUUCCAGACGGAAUGUCACGAACUGAAUUACUUUCUCUCCUCGCACGUCUCACUCUUCACAUUGACGAGGAGCUUCGUGGACUAGCUUUCCAAAGUCUGCAAAGCCUCCUCUUGGAUUUUCCUGAUUGGAGGAUUGACGUCCUCACUGAAUUUUUGGCUUUUGCUUCUAAAGAAGUACCUGACACGGCCCAUCAACAGCUGGACAAUUCUUUGAGAAUGCUGGUCCAGUUGCUUACAUCUUGGAGAAAUGCAGUCAGUACUGGAGCUGGAUCAAGUUCAACUGUAGUCGCAAGUUUAGUCAAUUCAAAAACCAAGAAGGCCUCAGGAGAUUCGCAUCCUUCUACAACCAUGGCAAACUCUGCAACAUGCUACCAGGCCGAAGGGUUAGCUCUGCUGAUGCUUUGCAGCGUUAGAUCUUCUACGCGACGAAUAGGUUGUCACAUAUUGAAGGAAGUGAAGGCACUGUCUGAAGUCAUAGGACUGACUGAAGCUCCCGUGAUAGAUGUUUUGGAUAGGAUUUGUCCAUUAGCGUGUGAAAAAGUGUCCAAUAUACUUCCACUCGGAGAAAAACAGGCCAUCCUUGCCGCAAUAUCGUCAAAUACUCUCGACCUGCAGUGGAUCACAGACCGAAGUUGUCCAGCUUGGUACAUUCAAGAAGACGAAACGGUGAACAACCCACCAACUCAGUCCUCGUCAAGUUUGAGCAUUCUACAGUCGGCCGUGAGCAAUAAUGCUCUAAUCCCCACCGCAGAAGUUUCAAUAUCCAACGACCCCUGGGCCUUGUGUCUCAAGGAAUUCCUCGACUAUCAAAAUGUCCCAACGCAAUGUCCAAGAGCCGUGUUGGAAGCCUGGUCGGUCAUUAUGCCCAAAAUAAAUGCAGUUUAUUCCUAUCUCGAGCCAUCCCCUGUUCAAGACAAUAGAGCAUCCCUGCUCAGAAGUGCAACCGCUCCUCGGAAACCACCGAUUGAUAAAAACUUGUAUUUUAAGUUGUGGAGAAAUUACCUUCUUUUUGCAUUCAGAACAGUACCGCCAAAUAUUGGGACAAGUCUCCGCUGCAUUUCUCCAGAUAUGGCAAUUAGUUCGUCACCAGAAGCUCCGGAUGGGCGUGAUGGAAAAAGUCCACUUCCUCUCACAUCAGCAAUGCUGUUUUCUGUAACGCCAUCAUCUCUGUAUAAACUCGUGGUCCCAUUAAUUCGGGUGGAAACCAUCGACGUAAGAGAUUUGGCUGUACAUUCCUUGGGUCAAAUUAAUCACAUGGCAGUCAAGGAUUUGUUUGAAGAACUCGCAUCGUAUCUGAAAGAAGCAAGUGAUCGCAAGCAAGAAAAUGUCAGACGUCGUAAACGCAAAGAUAACUUAAGACUUCAGCUUCUUCGAGUGUUUGAAAUGAUAGCGAGAGAAAAAACAUUUGGAAAAAUUAACAGCAAUCUCAUAAACUCGUAUACCCCGUCAAGCCAGGGACACCACUUGGGAGACAGUGGUUCAGUCCUGCCCAUUCCACUCCAAGAAUUUUUCGAGACUUGCAAAGGAUGGUUGGAAACUGAAACGGAUCGAGAUGGAGGAUUCGAAAUGAGGUUAAACUUUUGCAAAGGACUUCACUCCCUAUUGGACAGUUUUGAUUUGGAUUUGAAGGAAAAUCUACUUAAACGUGAGGCAAAGAAACAACUCUUCCAGCUCUGCAUCAAUUGGGCUGGGUCUUAUGCGUCGUCAUUGGGAAAAGAAAUGACCACGUCAUCCUUGAAUUCUACUGGAAAUACAGUGAUUAUCAAUUAUCCCGGAACAUCAGGAACUCAACAAGCAGAACUUGAAUUAUUUGCACUUCAAGCUGCCGCAAGACUGUUGACAUGCGGCCCAGUUUUCCAACAAAGUUUACUCGCCGAAGAAAGCCAACUGUAUUCCUGGUUGGAUUAUCUUUUGUCAUCUCAUGAUUCGCGAGUUAGUGAAUUGGGAGAGCAAGUUAUAAUCAUGUUGCUCGAGUUUAAUCCGGACGUGGGUUCCAUGCUGGAUUGGGUCGUGUCUCGAUGCUUCACGGGAACGUCACAAAUUGCAGAUGCCUGUUUUAGAGCAAUGGCAACUCUCUUUUCCGCCCGAGAGUAUCCUUGCGACAGAUAUGUGGCCAUCAUUAACUGUGCCCUGUUGUAUAGUGGGAGUCCAAAGUUACAACUGCAGCAAACGGCGUUUCGAUUAUUGCAAGUGUUGGACCGCCGUUUCUUUGGAGGUUUACCCCCUUUGCAAUUACAUCUCGGAAGUGAAGUUGCCAAAGAUGACACUCCACACACCUUAGACGCUUUGCUCAACAGAUCUAGUUAUGCGAAAAGUCAAACGUUUUUGUCGAAGCAGCUAUCAUUCCUUCACCCUGAUUUGACGAUGCCUAUAUUUUCAGAAAUUUCAUGGCGUAUGAAAUCAGCAAGAUCGGAUGUGAGGCAGAGUUUACUGAGAUAUCUUCAACCAUGGCUUCACAACAUGGAAUUAGUGGAACCUGCAAUUCCAAGCCCAAACACAAUUGCUCCAUUAUCUUGUUUCGAGUUGGAUAUUUGUUCAGAGAAUCUUCGUGAAUCAGUAUCAUCUUCAUCAUCGUGUUCUUUGUGUGGAAAGAGAAACGUUGAAGAAGGAGAACGAUUAGUUCGACGUGGUUGGGGAUCUACUGAAGCUACUGAAAUGGUCUUGAAUAAUCUUUUAUAUCUCACAGCAAAGUUUGGCGAUGAACAUGAACGAGAAAUUGAAGAAUGCUGGCAGACACUUUGUUGUUCUUCUCCCAACAAUCAACGCGUCGUUUUGUACUAUCUUCUAAUUGUCACGGGUAUCGCUCCCUAUGAGAUUUUGCCACAUGCGAAGCGUGUCCUCAUAUAUUUAUUCAGAGCUCGUCCCGUGCGACUUUUGGAAGACCUAAUUGCAGAACUUCAAACUGUAGAAUCUCUUAGCUGGCUCGUCGAAAAGACUGAAACACCUCCAUUUUACAGAUUAUCUCACCUCCGGAAGACUUCCAGCUACUCGGAUACUAAUGUGGCUCCCCAAAACAAUGGUGGACUAAUGCAGGGCACAACUAUGAAUCACAACCCCACAGUUGGAAAUAAUUCUCAAUUCCCCAGAGUUCAAGCAUCCGAACUAGAGAAAGGAACGAUACAUACGAAACGACGUUCUGCUGAAGAAUCCGGCGUUUUUCAGCAACCUCCACACCUUAGGUCUAGCAGUAGUGGGGCUGCGGGACUUUUUAGAUCCGAAAAAACACGAACCAUCAGUGGACCAGCGGCACUACCUGACUGUCAAUUUCUUUCGUCAGAGAAGGAAAAGCUGCGAUCUGCCCUUUAUGAAACCGAUCACGUCGGAGGUUGCCAGGAAGAUGUCCAGCAAGACAGAAUUAUGGAGAAUAGACGAUACCCAAGCAGUGAAACGAUUGCACCUGAAGGUGGAGCAACUCUUGGCCCAAAUUCUGGUGGACAAGGAUUUCCAUGUAGUCGAAGCGAUGAAGGGAUGGACCAUAUGGAACAGCACUUAAAACUGCUCCCACUCCCAAUGCCCGAAUAUGGCGGAUACUACGCUCCUCUCAAGGAAUUUCUUCCUCCUCAACAAGUCUGUCCAUUCCAUCGGUGUAACCUCGCAAUGAUGUUUAUUACAGAGUUGAUCAAUGAAGGAACAACAAUUAGCGUAUCUACGGAAGAUUCCAAAAAAGAAAAGAAAAUUGACUGGUGUUCGCAGUAUCUUCCAUUAAUGAUUCACAUGUCUUUCCUUGGCUUGGAUCAUUUGCGACCUUUGGUUAAUCUUCACAGCUAUAACAUGCUGAUCAACCUUUUGACCGUUUCUGGAGCACAUAAGAAUCAUCUAGCAAUUGCCAAGUUAUCGCUGAAUCAACAGACUAAAGAAAUUAAGUUGGGAUUAACGUUUCCAUAUCUUUCAUUGAAAACCUACGAUUUUCUGGAUCCAAAAGCUGAAUUUGCGACCUCAGCAAUUUCUUCCAAGUUACCGACCGUUGAAACAUUGGGAGUGUCGAGUCCUAUAAUUCAAAGUCCUAGUCAUAGCCCAAAAAGUAGUCCUAGAACUCCGUCUAAGCGUCCCCACACACCCAUCAACCUUCUUCUAGUCAUUCCUGAACCACCAGAGUAUGGGACCAGAAGAUCAUUGACGAUUCAGGAGAAAACGUUGGCUUUGAUAAAAUUCUUUACUGAAAAACGAGGUCAAACCCUAUGGAAUUGUGAAGACAUAACCGCUCGUGUCUGGAAUAUCCGAAGUGCAAAUCAACUAAUUGCACUUGUUCAGAACAGUAUUGACGUAAUCUCCAAUUCGUUCCCAAACUCAAGUAUUGACAGGAAAUGGGCACAAGUUUCUCUGCAAAUCGGACUUGCCUGUUCCUCUCGUCACUAUGCUGGAAGAUCUCUACAAGUUUUUCGGGCUUUGAAGGUUCCACUCGUAUCACGAAUUUUAUGCGACAUUUUGUCAAGAUUGGUGGAAACUGUAGCAGAAACAGGAGACGACAUGCAAGGAUAUGUCACAGAGCUUAUUCUCACUCUGGAGGCUUGUGUAGAAGCAAUCCCGGUUGACAGUGGGAGUAGUAUGAACAGUUCGUCAGACACUACGACCCCUGCGACGGAGGAUAAUAGCAAAGUUUCAAAGGACAUGUUCUCACCUUCGCAAAUACGCCCCAGAAGUGGUACCGAAACAUUUGGACACGAGUGCAAAAGGACCGAGUUGGGUAGGUCGCGAUCAGUUCAAAGUCUGAGUGGUUUAAAUGACGGAAUUCUGGACGAAAAUAUGGAACGGACCCUUCAACAAGACAAUGAUGUUAUCCCACAAAUAUUUUGGCUUGCGUUGUCUCUUUUGGAGUCUGAUUUUGAAUACGAGUAUCUCUUGGCAUUGAGAUUACUGGAGAAAAUCAUGGACCGGCUUCCUCUGGAAAGACUUGAAUGUCGCGACAAGGUAGAUCGAGUACAAGCUCAGCUUCAAUGGAAUAACUUUGGGGGAAUAGUUCCCCUCAUCCUUAAAGGAUGCAGUAAUGCCAACACAUUCGAGCAGAGUCUCACACUCCUUUUGCGUUUCAUCCCAUUCUUGGAUGUAAACUUUGUCGACCCAACGGGAGAGUCUGGAUUUCCAUUAUCUGUCAUCGCCCUGCUUCCUCUACUCUUGUUACAUUAUGAUGAUCCAACCCCGCUUUGUGUUAAGGCUGCCCAACUUAUUGCAGGGGUAGGAGCAUGCAAAGGAGACAGUGGUGCUCAGGCACUACAACAUCUUUCUACCGUCAUGACACUUUAUAGUCGAAGGUCUUUCAGUAAAGAAAGCAUGCAAUGGACAAAAUGUGUUAUCAAGUAUUUGUACGACUCGUACUCCCACUUGGCUCCUCUUCUCCUCGGAUUUCUGCUCGACGUAUUAGAGAAAGGACCUGCGUCCGUUCAACCCUCUAUAUUAACGGCAAUCAAUUGCUCGUUCAAUUAUGUGGAUUUGACAUCGAUGAACACAGUUAGCACGGAACUCCUACGAGCAAUUGAAAAGCAUCUUGAUGGUCCAUACUGGCGCGAAUCGCUAAAAAUUCUGAAGCUCGUAGUCACCCGAUCUUCAAGUCUGGUUGCUCCAGGUCCUCCGAAUUACACUGGGAGCUCUGGCCCAUCUUCCAUGAUUUCGGCAUGGGAUUCAGUCAGCACUACCUCUUCCGUUGCAUUUACUACUGAAUCAGAGUUCAGCUUUAAAAAAGAACUCCCUGGACGAACAAUGGAGUUUACAUUUGAUGUCUCUCAAACACCAAUAAUUGGAAGAAAACAUAUAAACCCGACAAACUCUAUGAUGAGGGAUUCUGAACAUGUAAAUGGAAGACUAACCUUGUUGAACGCCCAGGGAAAUUUAGCACAAAGGUCAGGAUCUGUUGGUGAGAUGGGGAUAUCAGGCGGUGUUGUUAUUCAGUCAAAUUGGAAAAGACCAUGGCAGUGUCAAAGUAGACUACGGGAAUGUUUAGUCAGCGUCCUUAAUGCUUGUGGACAGCGAGUUGGACUCCCAAAGAGUCCAUCGGUAAUAUUCAGCCAAAGUUCUGAACUUUUGGAACGACAGAGCAGCAUUGCUUCAUCUACAGAAGAAGUAUCUGUUGCAAUUAACGACGCAUCGGGGGCAAGUCGUUUGGAUGAUGGAUCCGCAAGUGACGCCCAUUUCCGAGUUUUCAGAGACUUUGACUUUUUGGAAUACGAACUCGAGUCGGUUGAAGGUGAAAGUAGUGACAAUUUCAAUUGGGGUGUGAGAAGGAGACCGCUAUCAGAAUUGGGAACGGAACCUGAAACGGAAGGAGAGACAGAAACUGAAGGGGUGGGCACUCGAAGGUCUCGAUCUCGUUCCCAAACUAGCUCCGACUUGACGACAGUCGUUAACAACUCUCAAGGGCACUUUUCUGGCCUUCGACCUCACGAGAUUGAGUUGCGAGAAGGUCAAAUGCAAGAAGAAUCAUCAGACGAAGAGGAUUUGGGUUUAUCCCCAAUGGAUGAGCAUGGUCCGUCAAUCCAGGGGAGAAACUCAGAUCCCCCAACUCCUCAACCCAAUUCAUUAACCAUGAUAGAACUCGGCUCCUCUCAAGUUUCAUCGCCUGCACGAUCUAGACGACUUUCUGACACAAGUCUAGAUUCCAGAAGCGAAGAAGAGACGACUCCUUGUAAUUUGUCCCCUCAAGGAGGUCUACUCAUCGAAGAGGAGGAGGAAGAGUUGGGAGAAGAGGAGGAAGUUGACGGUGAGGGAGAUGGAGAUGGAGACGAUACCGAUGCAAAUAUCACGUCUGAAAUUUUGAAUGAAACUGGUGAUAUGAUGAAUGGCGGAGCUUCUUCCGCAAACCGUGACGCGCAGAGCAGAAUUAUUGAAGAUUUUCAGGAUUGGAAAUCUAUCUUACAGCGUUUUCUCGUUGGUAUUCGACCCCUCCAGUCACUCGAGUCCAUUCAAACAAUGUCACAAAUGGUUCAGACCUCGUUCUGUGAAGUCAUCUACGUUUGUCAAGAUAUCUCUGCUCUAUUGACUUCCUUGGGAUUUGAAAGCUCGACUCAAAUUGCCCAAAACCUCUCCGUUCUUCUCGACUUUUCAAGUGAGCACAACUUGCACAUGGCUGCUUGGCAUUUAUGGUGUGCGAAAGAUGUCAUCAGAGGAGAUGAAGUCAAAAUAUUUCUGCUUGAGGCCUCUGAACAUUUAGAAACAUUGAAUGACAGGAAAGAAUCUUUACAAGACGUGGUUGAAGGGGGUUUGAAACCUUUAGUCAAGUUAAAAGCGUUGGAAGGAGAGCUCCCAACGUAUGAAGAAUCCCAAUCUGCUUCGUUUGCCGAGGCUGCGUCUGCAGAUCCUUUCGAGAUCAUUGCUGACGUCUCUAAACUUUUGUACAGAACGUUAUUCCAGCUUCGACUACUCUUAGAAUGCCACCAAAGGGCGGUUCAAUCCCUGUCUUCCAACCCAAAAUCUAAGAUUCGAGAUUUAUCCCGACAAGUGUUAGAAGUGAGAGCAGCAUUGUUGCAGUGCAUCUCUACCCUCGUCAUACAAGGAGACAAAGGAAGCAAACUCACUUUAAGUGAAGCUGAAGGAUGCCUGCUUGAUCUUUUAUUGGCAAAUCAGUGGGAAAAUGCAAUAGAACUGUUUAAAGCAAAUCGGGAUAUUUGGCCAAAAGAUCUGAUUGGUAAUUCUUCAAAUGAUGUCACAGGAAUUCUCAAUGUAUAUUGCAAAUAUCUGUCUGAAGAACAUUCUGGUGUCUUUGUCUCGAUACCGAAUGACUUUCGAAACCUGUGCAGCCAAGUCAAUUCAGUAUGUUUACAUCUUCUCGAAAACCAACAGAGUCUGGAAAAGAAGACUUUAGUUUAGUAACAAAAAAACUGACACAAUAAGACUUAGCAAGUAUACCUUUUACCUAGUUAGACAUCGUAUAAGUAACAGCAACACAUUUUUUCUACUUGUAAAUUUGUAUGCGGUCGCUGAUUGUGAUAUGAAUUUAAAGAAACUAGUGCAUAUGUAUAUACAUGAGUAUGAAUUUAUGCGUUAAAAUCACAAAAAUAAAAUAAAAAAUAGAUCGUCAA